CGGCGGCACCGGCGAGGCUAUUUUUAUCGUAUGCUCGUCUUGAAAAAAUGUGUGUAAUCGAUAGAUCUCUGACGGCACCGGCGUGAACUCGACAGUCGAUCAUGGACGAACAGUACAGCACUGAUGACAUCGAGCUCACCACAGUUGAUGAUGUCGGCGAUGGACCCACAGACGGUUACUAUGGUGAAGACAAUCCAUCGUCAGAUUCAUUCAACGACGCUGACCACCGUAACGACAGCACUGUGGUUUACGUUCCUAGUGGACGCAGUGUCAGAGUAGACGCAGGCAACGGCAAAACUUCAGAUGGUGCACACGAGAUGAUUCAUUUAGAGGUGCCAAAGGUGGAGCGUGAUGAUACUGUGAGCACAAUCUCGGGUGUAAAUUACACCCAAAGUGAAAAUACAGAUGAUAUUGAUAGUGAGGUUCGGCGAGUUCGGCUGAUGUAUGCAAAUCAUGAGACGAUGAUGCCGAAAGAUUUCAACGUGGAGGUGGAGGCGGUGCGCGACACGCACAAGCUGCUCGAUUCGACAGUGAUCCUGCUUGAUCAACCUGCUAGUGACCUCAACCACAUAGUCAGUACGAUUCUGCACCAGCUGCUUGACAAGGUCGAACCGUCGUGUUCGUUCGACGAGGCAAAGUCGGCGCUGUUCACCCACGACGCCGCACGUGUGUUAGCAAAGACGGUGCAAGGCUUGGGAGGGUCGGGUGACCAAUUCCUUGGAGGCAGUUUCGACUAUGACCAGUCCUGGAUAUGCACAUUUUGCAAUCUACCAUGCUUGCAAAAAAGGCACGUGGCAAUAGCGAGACUUAGACAUCCAACUAACCUUGGUAGAACUAGUCAAGAGGUCAAUUUCUUCAUACUGCUGUUAGCUCCGUCGAAAGAGAAAGGUGCGAAGACAGCGCUGGACACAUGCCGCGUAUUCGCGUCGAUCUUCGCCUACGUCGACUUCCGGCUGCAGCUGCACGAUGCCGAGAAUGAGGACGAGUUCCGCGGCGCGCUCAAGGAGAUGACGACGAAGCUGGGGACGCUCGACCCGCAGUCGCUGCACAGCCUGCUGUCGAUUCGCAGCGAGGAGCAGAAGGACAUGAGCUCGGGUAUGUGUCCAAUCGGCCAGGGUCUGCUGGGUGACAUCAAGAGACGAUUACCUCACUACUUGUCAGAUUACAAAGAUGGUGUUGUCGGGCAUAAGACUAUACACAAGCUAUUGGCCACAACGUUUUUUCUUUACUUCUCCUGUAUCCUGCCUUCAAUAGCAUUUGGCGUUUUAAAUGACUACAACACCAACGGAAAAAUUAGUCUGCACAGAGUGGUCGUGGCGCAGGCAAUAGGUGGGCUGUUCUUCCACAUGACGGCAGGACAGCCACUUGUCGUUCUCCUCACCACCGCCCCGCUCGCUCUAUACAUGAAAGUGAUCUACAAUAUCAGUAAACAAUUUGAUGUCGAGUUCUAUGACAUGUAUGCCUGUGUCGGCUUCUUCAAUUCAUUCUUCCUCAUCCUCUUCUCGCUGUUUAAUGGGAGCAACAUCAUCAUUAAAUGGUCAACCAGAUCGACUGAAGAGAUUUUCGCAUUAUUUAUUUCAAUUGCCUUCUCUGUCGAUGCUUUUAGAGCAAUUGCUAAAGACUUCAGCCUCCACUACACGUGCAAGAAUGCCACCGAUGCCCUGGUCAACACGACGGUCAACAGUACAGAGGCGAUGGUUGAGGCGGGCACUUGUCUAAGAGAGGUCAGCAUCCUCUAUGUGCUCCUCACCCUCGGAACGCUCUGGUUGGGCGUGUCCCUCUUCAACUUCACGAAGACACCGUUCCUGAAUGCCAAUAAGAGGGAGGUGAUGGCUGACUAUGCUCUGCCAAUUGCUGUCAUUGUUAUGACUUUUGUUGGAUCCUACCUCUUUCGAGCAGUACCCUUGCCAGAUUUUAACUACGCUGCAACAAACAUAUUCCAACCCGUGACCUUCAACACACUCACAUGGCCAACUCUUGCGCUGUCCUGCGUGCUUGGUUUCUCACUGUCGUUGCUGUUCUUCAUGGACCAGAACAUCUCAGCUGCCAUGGUGAAUGCUCCUGAGCACAGACUGAAGAAGGGCUCGGCGUACCACCUCGACCUGCUCGUCAUUGCUCUCCUCAACCUGUUCUUCUCCGUGUUCGGCUUGCCGUGGAUGCACGGCGCGCUGCCACACUCGCCGCUGCACGUGCGCGCGCUCGCCGACAUCGAGGAGCGUGUCGACCAGGGACACAUCUGCCAGAUCAUCGUCCGGGUGCGCGAGACUCGGCUGACCGGCGUUCUGUCACACAUCCUCAUCGCGCUCUCGCUGCUGCUGCUGCCGCACCCGAUCGCUUACAUCCCGCAGGCCGUCCUCGAUGGCCUGUUCCUCUACAUGGCUGUCACCGCACUCAACGGCAACCAGAUGUACGAGCGCAUGCUGCUGCUGGUGCAGGAACAGUCUGCAUACCCGCCAAACCACUACCUGAGGCGAGUACCGAAGAAGAAGGUGCACAUAUUCACACUUCUGCAGGUUCUACAACUACUUGUUAUCUGUGGAUUCGGCUUUGCAAGGUGGCCCUACCUCAAAAUGGGCUUUCCUGUUGUUAUUCUCCUCCUCCUCCCCAUCAGGCACCUGUUGAUUCCAAAGGUAAUCGAAGAAAAAUAUCUUACAGCAAUGGACUACACUACAAAUCACUGAAACCCGGUUCGUAGUCAAACUACAAUAGGUGUAGUCCUAGAAGGAGAAGACGAAGGCAUGACUUUUACGCCAAGGUUUACUUUGUUCUGUGCAUUUUUGGCUAGCGUUCCAUGUUCUAGUUCUCACCUGGUCUUAACAACUCAUCUAGGAAUGAAUAAAUGGCAUAGAAUGAAUGGAUGAAUAGCAGACAGAUUUAUAUGGUAACCUGUUAUUAAUGUACCUUUUCUUUAAUAAUAAUUAUUGGCAAUAA